AUGGGGCUGCAGGGGUGGACGGUGCUGUUACCCCUUGGGCCUACUGCACCCCAAAUGAAAAAAGAGACUGGCUCAGCUUGGAAUGUCUUUUAUUGCAGAAAACUUUGUUUGCCAGCUGCUGCUGUGUCCGCAGCUCAGGAAAGAGAUUUUGAGCUGCAGGGCUAUGGAUUUGAAGCUGCUCCGGAGCAGUUGAGAAGGCCCCGCAUUGCUCGAGUGGGACUGAUACAGAAUAAAAUUCCGCUUCCCACUGACACAGCAGUGGCAAUCCAGGUGGCUGCGCUGCACAAACGAAUCGAGGAGAUUGUGGAGGUGGCAGCAAUGUGUGGGGUCAACAUAGUUUGUUUCCAGGAGGCUUGGACCAUGCCCUUUGCAUUUUGUACAAGAGAGAAGCUUCCUUGGACUGAAUUUGCAGAGUCAGCAGAGGAUGGGCCAACAACAAAAUUCUGCCAAGAGCUGGCAAAGAAAUACAAUAUGGUUGUGGUAUCUCCAAUCCUGGAGCGAGAUGAAAUACAUGGAGGAACUCUUUGGAAUACUGCAGUCGUCAUCUCUAAUUCUGGAGCUGUCCUUGGCAAAAGUAGGAAAAAUCACAUUCCACGAAUUGGAGAUUUCAAUGAGUCUACCUACUACAUGGAAGGAAAUACUGGACACCCAGUGUUUCAGACACAGUUUGGAACAAUUGCUGUGAAUAUCUGCUAUGGGCGCCAUCACCCUCUGAAUUGGCUCAUGUACAGCAUCAAUGGGGCAGAGAUCAUCUUUAACCCUUCAGCCACUAUCGGAUCACUCAGUGAGUCAAUGUGGCCAAUUGAAGCAAGAAAUGCUGCCAUAGCUAAUCACUGCUUUACAUGUCCCAUCAACAGAGUAGGAACAGAAUACUACAAAAAUGCCUUUACUUCUGGAGAUGGUAGAAAAGCGCACCAUGACUUGGGGCAUUUUUAUGGCUCGAGUUAUGUGGCUGCACCAGAUGGCAGUAGAACCCCAGGACUGUCACGCACUCAGGAUGGACUUCUGGUGGUAGAGAUGGAUUUAAAUCUUUGCAGGCAAAUUGGUGACAAAUGGAAUUUUAAGAUGACAGGUAGAUAUGAAAUGUAUGCAGAUGAGCUCAGUGAUGCGGUCCAGCCUGAAUUUAUACCCAAUAUAAUCAGAGAAUAAAUUCUAGGAGACAUCAUU